GAGGGGGGAGAAAGGAGAAGAAGGGGAGAGAAGAGAGAAAAUAAAAAAAUGCCUCGUAAGAAGGCAGAUGGUCGGGACGGUGGUGGGGUGAGAGGGGAGAAAAAGAAAGGAAGGGGUGUUAGAAAGAGGGAGAGGGACUUCAGCGACGAUGAGGAACUGGAGCUGGAAAACCCGGGCAAGAAAAUGGGCAAAGCCGCUUUGCAGACGGUCAACGAGCCCGAGGAAACCAAGGAAAAAAUAAAACUGGAGGGGUCCAAGUUCAAAGGUCAACUGCUCAUUUGCGGAGCAACAAACUGGGAUUUGAUUGGUCGAAAAGAGGUUCCUAAGCAACAAGCGGCAUACCGUAACCUGGGUCAGAAUCUGUGGGGCCCGAACCGGUAUGGCUCACUGUCUGGAGUUCGAGUCCGGACUGUCACCUCGGGGUCAUGUGCUGCCCACAGCCUCAUCAUCACCACAGAGGGCAAGCUCUGGAGCUGGGGUCGAGGGGAGAAAGGUCAGCUAGGACACGGAGAUACCAAGAGAGGGGAAGUACCCAAACUCAUUGAGGCUCUCAAAGACCAAGCUAUCGUGGCAGCAGCCUGCGGCCGUAACCACAGUCUCUGCCUUACAGAAACUGGAACCGUGUUUGCCUUUGGAGAGAACAAAAUGGGGCAGCUGGGCCUCGGAAACCAGACUGAGGCAGAACCGUGCCCGGCACAGAUUAUGUACAACGGCCAGCCCAUUGUGAAAAUCGCCUGUGGGGCAGAGUUCAGCAUGAUCGUCGACUGCAAAGGCAACUUGUAUUCUUUUGGCCACCCGGAGUACGGGCAGCUCGGACACAACUCGGACGGCAAGUUCAUUGCUCGGGCCCAGAGGAUCGAGUUUGAUUGUGAGGUGGUGCCGCGGCGAGUAGCCAUCUUCUUGGAGAAGACAAAGGACGGUCAGAUCUUACCUGUGCCCAAUGUGGUGGUCCGCGAGGUGGCCUGUGGAGCAAAUCACACGAUUGCUCUGGAUUCUCAGAAGCGAGUAUUCACCUGGGGCUUUGGGGGGUACGGGCGCCUGGGACACACGGAGCAGAAGGAUGAGAUGGUGCCGCGUCUGGUCAAGCUCUUUGACUUCCCUGGACGAGGAGCUGCUCAGAUCUAUGCUGGAAACACGUGCUCCUUUGCAGUGAACGAAAUGGGUGGCUUGUUUUUCUGGGGAGCGACAAACACCUCCCGGGACUCCACCAUGUAUCCCAAGGUGGUGCAGGACCUGUGUGGGUGGAAGAUCAGGAGCCUGUCUAGUGGGAAAAGCAGCAUCAUUGUGGCUGCAGAUGAAAGCACAAUCGCUUGGGGCCCAUCACCUACCUUUGGGGAACUGGGCUAUGGAGAUAAUAAACCCAAAUCCUCCACCACAGCACAAGAGAUCAAGACCCUGGAUGGAGUUUAUGUGGAACAGGUCGCUAUGGGCCACGCUCACUCACUGAUGAUCGCGAGGGACGAGAGCGAUGCCGAAAAGGAGAGGAUUAAGAAGGUGCCGGAAUAUAACCCUCGAAUCAUCUGACCCAGCCACACCCGAGCCGAGCAACCAACCACAAUGAAAGCUUCACUUGAACGAAAGGCAGCUGAGGUUUACGGUGCACUGGCUGGAGUGGGAGGAGGGUGGGGUGGAAGAGAGAGAGAGAGAAAUCAACUAACCAAUAUCCUAUACUGACCGACAGCAAAUAGAGAAAAGAAAAAAAUUCCCAAUUCACGCAAAAUGCUAAAGUACUUGAUGUAACUGAACUGGUCGCUGCGACAGAUCAUUUAAAGUGACUGGAGUAUCAGUGCACUCGGAUGUUUGAAUUUACUACGACUUCCUGUUCACAUGCCUCUUCAACCUCUCCUUUCCCCCCAACACAAUCUCCAUCCCUUCCCCCCCCCCCCCACACACACACAAUUCUGCGCAGUUCAUUGUAUCAGCGGUGGCCACUUACCACUAAACGUUUUGCCUUUGAUUAUGUUACAAGGGCCACCCGGGCAUUUGUGUUCGGCUCUCCCGCGCCUGAAUAAUCCACGGCAUUAAACCCCUUGCUGUACCGACUGGUCGGCCUGCCGCUGGUGUUAACGGGGAUAUUUUGAUCAGUCGUAUUUCUGCACCUCGCUGAAAUAAAACUCUCGCUUAGACGAUCUUCAUGGGGGGGGGAGGAACGGGUGGUGUUGGGAGAGCAGAGCCCCAAAGCCAGCAGGCAGACUCCACUUUGUACUGGCUUCUUUGUAAACCCACCAUAAAAACCCAGCUCAUUUAACGCGAUACCAGAGUGCCGGAGCCGGCUGUCUAUAGAGCAGGGCUGGUGGCGGGACUGAUGUUUAAUUAUUCCCAGGAUCCUGGGUUCAUACGUGUUUGAUUUCUCCUCUCCUGCGUCCCGUUGAGCUGGGCAUUCGCUAGUCGAUGAUUUAUGGCACGAUUUAAAACUGCCUCUGUAGGUAAAGCUUUUCUUCCCUCCUCAGGGUCUCCCCCUGCCCCCCCCCACCCCAUUACACACAUGCACGUCCUCUCCUCUUGGUGUGUUGGCAAUAAAGAGUGUUAGCCUUGGGGUAAACGGGUGGCCUGUUUCAGGCAAUUGAACUUCAGCUCCGAUUGUGUUAUUAAACCAAACUGCUGUUGUAAAGGUUUGAAAACAUGAGUUGCUUUUUCCAACAUAGUCAUCUUAGUCCAAGAUGUUCUUUACAAUUAAUCAGCUGGUAAAUGGAUUCUCCCCUUGUUCCCCCGAGACCAAGGGCAGCUCUGUGUGAGUCUGUAGAUACAUUGAAGACUGAGUUGAGGUGUUAUCUGUGCUCUGGUGUGUGAGUAGUGGUACAUUUCUAUUGCUGAUAUGCAUCCAGCCACUUCUGAUUUCUCAACGAGCUUUCUAUUUGGGGUAGGGAGGUGGGUUGGUUUUGUUUAAUCUGGAUCAAAGUGAUCGCUCAUCUUUUCUCUGAACGGGGGAUUCCAGACUCACAAGGAUAACGUGUCAUGUGUGGGCAGGCCAGGGCUCAAACUACUAGUAAACCUACUGCUGGUGGUGUCUUGUCAGCCCAAAUAGUGUCUUGAUGGUUGGAUGGACAGAGCUUUGGGACCUGCUGCUCUACACAAAUAGCAGCGAGGGCUUUGAAGCUCUUUAGUGGCUAGAAACUGGGGCUGUGAAAUUGGAUGAUUGAUGUUAAAGUUGAUAUUUCUAGGAGACACUUUCAGUGACUAUGACCCAUCUCUUUCUCUCCACUUUUCCCCACAAGGCAGCUUCAAAUUCUGUGCAGUGUAAACCUCUAGCUUGGCUGUUUACUAUCCAGAGUGACCAUUGGGGGAUCUUCAGUGAAAGGAUGUCAGGGUUCAGGGUGGGGGCAGAGAGUACAGAGUGGUUCGGGUACAAGUUUAACGAGUUCUGAUACAAGUCAUCGAUUUGCUGCUGAGCUGCACAGUGAAGGGACUGAGAUUGGUGUGGAGGGAGAGGGCCACAUGAGUGAGUCAGGGCAGGAUAGGCUUGUGCAGGUGAUGUUAGCAGAGAGAGAGAGAAAGCAGCGCUGUUGGAAAUGUGCAAUGGUCCUGCUGAGAAGGUUGCUAAAAGUUUGCACAUCGCUGUUUUUAAAGAAUCUGAAGACUUUGGAAGCAGUACAAACUGCUAGUGCCCAGGUCUGUCGUGACUAAAAUGUACACAAGCCCCAAUUUCAAGUUUGUGCUCACAAAAUUGCACUUUAUCAUCAUUACAUUUGAUCUUUGUCUUUUUUUCCUCCAAUGACACCCACACCAAAAAAAAUUGAGUUAUCCCAGAAUUCGGCCAUUUUCUAAUUCUGUCGCUGUGGCAAGUCUGAGGCUUAAAAUUCCACUCAGUUUCAGCUUGUGAGGCCAUUUUUGUCUACAUAUUUUGACAAGGUGGGGAAAUCGCUUCAAAUUCAAAUUGGAAGCUGGCUACAGGAUGGGGGGGGAAAGGGGAGCAAACUGGCUCCCAAAUUCAGGCUGGUUGAAGAAUCUUCCACAAUUCUGCACCACCUUAAACUUUCAAUUAAGCCACAAUGUCUUGCAGGUAAGACUAGGUGGAAUUUCUGGCCUGCAGCAGGCAUUGGGUUUGUCUUGUGGCUGUGAUGAGCUGAGCUGCUGCACUGGGAGCUGAGAUUGUCUGGGGAGGUGGGGUAUCCUAUUCAUUGGAGAGGAGUUGGUGGGAGGAGAGAGGAACCCUAUCCUUGUGACCCUCUGCUUUGUUCUUCCUGUUACUCUAUUACUCGGGAGUACACAAAAAUAUUAAUACUGGAUGUACUGGGGUGGAUGGCUGUCUUUUUUUGGAAUGGUCUUAAGACCAGCCUAGUGGAUUCCUAGAAAUGGACCAUUAAAGCACCAUUGUGCUGGUUUAGUUGUACAGACAGACGCUUUACCACUGAGAUAGCAGUGUAAGCACUGCUCUCCCCCACCACCCGUACAGCGCAGAAUCUUUCAACGUCUAGUUUGGUAGUUGAUGUGUCUCUCCCGGUUUCGCCGAGCUGUUUGGAUGUGGUGACCAUCCUUUGUUGCUCUUUGAGACUGGAACAGAUUGUUGUUUCUUGCUUUCCAGCUGAUACGAUCGCAGUGGGUGGGCUUGUGAGCUUUGUUUAAUUUUAAUAUUUUGUGUGUGUGGGGAGGGGGGGGGUGAUGAGCCCCUUUCAAACAUAGUUUAGUGUCCGCGCGUGUCCUGCAAUCUGCGUGCGUAUUGCUGUCUCUUGCUCAAGUUGAGUGCUUUUCACUUGCAUGCAGGUUGUGGACCUUUUUUUGUCUUGGGGUGUGAGGAAGGGUGACAGUAUUGAGAGGCACUGUUCUGUUUCCAUAGUGACAAGCUCCCAUUUCCUCUUUGGGGGCUUAGGGCCUUUUAUGAAGUUUUCAACUUUUUUUUGUUGUUUUGCAAAGAUCCCAGAAUAAGGAGAGAGAGUGACCAGAUAGUUGAGACCUUACUAUACACGCAAAUCGGGGAAGUCUCAAAAAUGUUUCACAGUAUUUACUGUUGUGUAGAGACUUUUGGAGGGAGGUGAAAUGGCAGCCAUUCUUCUCAUGGCAAGGUGUACGACCGGCUGUGAAGCGCAUGACCAACCAACUUUGACGUGGAAGAGUUGUGGCUGGGAUAUCUGACCUAACGUGUUCCUUUUUCCCAGGGGAGACUAAAAUUUCAAAAAAAAUUUCCUCUGAAAAAUAAAUUCCCAUUGUGAUUGACUGGUGUCUGGAAGGCUGCAUUUUCUCUCCAUGCACAGAGACAGACCUUAAAGAAAAUAACACGAGACAAAAAGAUUUACAGAAUCAAAUGUGACUGGUUUAACUCUUGAGGUGGAAGUAAGCUGCUUGCUUUGUUUAGUAACACGAGGGGAGGGGGUAAGCUUUCUGGUAAUGGGCACGAGUGACCAAUCUGUUGUUGGUAUUAAAAUUUAGGUGAUUUUUAGCCAUUUAGCUGCCUGUUCAGUGCUGUAAACUUUUUUUUACUUUUGUAUUUCUUGCAAUAAAAUUAUUGAAUACUA